CCGUCGGACACAUUUCAGGGUUGCACACGCAGCUGAAAGCGAAACCUUUGUUGACAAUACAAAACUUAGUGAUAUCGAAAAACAUCACAGAUAGCAGGAUAUCUUUGUUUACUGUUUUGUUUGAAAGACUGACUAUCAAUGGACGCCCCAAGCCUUUGACCCUUCAAAAGUGGUCAUAAGAGACAGCCAUGAUGGUGGAGGAAGCUGGUAAGCUUCCACUCCGGCGCCUGGAGUCACCCAUACAGAAAUUCACUAAAGUGGCCAUCCCCACUGACCUACAGAGGCUGCACCAACAUCAACACAACAUAGAAAAGUUUCAGAGAAGCAAACAAUGGGAUAAACUGCACCAAGAGCACAUCAACUCCAGCCGCACUGUUCAGCAAUUGCGAUCCAACCUGCGGGAGAUGGAGAAGCUGAGUGCGCGUGUCUGCAGUGCUGAUGCCGAAGCCCUUGAGAAUCUUGUUCAGCCAAUCAGAGAUCAAGCCUCGACUGCCAUUGAAGAGUUUCUUAGGAUUCACUCAGAUGUUGUCAAUAGGCCCUGCAUCCAAGAAAGCACAGACUUGCAUAUUGCCUCAAAUACUUCGCACAGUGAUGGUGACACCGAUGUUCCUGAUUCCCCUGUCUUUCAAAAUCAGCUGCUCCUGCCAGAAAUCCCUGCAGAACAGAAUGCUGCGGAAUCGUGGGACUCUUUAGCAGAGGAUCUGGUGGAGCUGAGCGGUUUAGUGAAUGAGUUUUCUGCCGUUGUCCAUUCUCAGCAGGAGAAGAUUGACAGCAUCGAGGCGAAUGUUAGCAUAGCAGCCGCUAAUGUGGAGGAGGGGACCCGGAGCCUGGGGAAGGCGGCCCGUUCGAAGCUGGCGGUUCUGCCGGUAGCCGGUGCAGUGGUGGGGGGAGUAUUAGGAGGUCCGCUUGGACUGUUAGCAGGGUUUAAAGUGGCAGGGGUGGCCGCUGCCGUUGGGGGCGGACUGCUCGGAUUCGCCGGGGGCAACCUGAUCCAGCGAAAGAGGAAAGAACGAAUUGACGUGCAGCUGCAACAGCUUAAGAGCAACAACAACGGUAAUAACGACCACGAACAUGCUCAAUAACACACACAGCAGAUUUGUUUUUCUAGACAGAGGAGAUGGCGACCCACACAUUUUCAGAAAAAAAACACCAUACCCUCAACAUACAUAACACACAAAAAAACAUUACAACCACAACUCCUACACGCAAUGCAAUGCAAACAUGCACUUGCAUGACAACAUGCUGCACCAAGUGGACUUGGCUAUAGUUUUCUUUAUGUUAAACCGCCUUAAUACCUAUGCCAAAACAAAGAAGGCCUUAUUCUUUCUGAUCUUUUGCCAAAUUGCUGAUUUUACAUUUGUAGCAGUAAUGCAAAUAAUUUUUGUUUAAGGGUUUGUGUGCAUUAUUAAUCAUUUUAAUAAUUGCUGUGAUAUACAAUGCAAUGUAUUACUGUAUACCGUAUACAGGAGCAAUCUCGAAUAGGGUAUCUGGAGAGAUAGCUUUUUUGUAACAUUAACAGUUAUGUAAUGCAAUAACUAUGACAGAUUUCUUUUUGGUUAUUUUUGUUAUUGGGUAGGUAUAAUUGAAAUGUUGGAUGUUAUAUAAAUGAUAAGAUAAUCUCAUAAUGAUGAAUCACCGCAUUGGAUGUGAAUGAAAACUAUGUGCAGUAAUAGCCUAUUUAAUUUCUGUAUGCUGUAACACUUCAUUAACAAUGUACAUUUAUGAAAUAUUUUAAAGCAACUCUCUGCAGCCUUCAAAGGUCUUUGUGCACAAUCACUGGUUAAUAUUGAAAAACACUUAUUUUGCCUUAAUUGUGACAUUUUUAAGAUUAGUAAACAUUUCUGAUAUUUAAGAGUAUCUCAAGCUGCUUAAAAUGUUUUAUUGUAUUAUAACACUUUUUGUAAAUAUGAUAAGCCAUGGUAAUAAAUAAUCAAUAUAAAACAACAUAAUGUUAUUAUUUAUAUACCAAUAUAUAUGGCAUUGAUGCACUACAAAAAAUAUUUUACUGCAUUCAUUUAAGGUAGCCCACAAUCAUUUGUCUUCACAGGUCAUUUUAACUUAUUUUUUUAAAUUUUGAACAGUUUCUGUAACUUAUAAAAAUAAUGUUGAAACUUUGAUUGUACUUAACAAUUGAAGGCAGCUAAAAAAAAUUUAUUUAGAGUGUGGCAUUUUUUUAUUAUAUAAGUUAUAAUAAAAGAUAAAAGUCACAAUUAUAAAUAAUAGCUCCACAUUAUAGAAAAGAGUUUGUGAUGGUGUACAAAAGGUGAUGUUCAGGUACAGCUCAGG